UGUGAAGGCGCAUGAAAAUGACGUCUCGCUGUUUGAAAAUCAGGCUUCGAUCUGCUUUGUGGCUAUCUUUCCUACUCUCCUUCAAGCAUUAAUCAUGGGUGUUCACGACUUGUGGUCCAUCGUUGAGCCCGUCCGAGAGGCAGUGCCGUUGUACAGUUUGAGCGGAAAGACUCUGGCGGUAGACCUGAGCUUAUGGGUCUGUGAGGCUCAGCACGUCCAGGCCAUGAUGGGCAGAGUUACGAAGCCACAUCUGAGGAAUUUAUUUUUCCGAGUGUCGUCGCUCACACUGAUGGGGGUGAAGCUCGUCUUUGUCAUGGAGGGAGAAGCUCCCAAACUUAAGUCAGAAACGAUGAGCAAAAGGACAGAAAUGAGAUUCGGAGGAUCCAGAAAAGCCCAUUCCUCAAAGUCAUCCACAACUACCAGCAGAGGGCGCUUUAAUGCUGUGCUACGAGAGUGUGCAGAGAUGUUGGACUACCUGGGUGUGCCGUGGGUGACAGCAGCUGGGGAAGCAGAGGCCAUGUGUGCUUACCUGGACUCAGCAGGGCUGGUUGAUGGCUGCAUCACCAACGAUGGAGAUGCAUUCUUGUAUGGGGCUAGGACGGUCUACAGGAACUUCAAUAUGAACAGUAAAGACCCUCAGGUCGAUUGCUACCAGACGUCUCGAGUGCAAACUGAGCUACACCUGUCAAGAGAGAAUCUUGUUGGCUUGGCCAUUCUCCUCGGUUGUGAUUAUAUUCCUAAGGGUAUACCUAGUGUUGGCAGAGAGCAGGCCUUGAGACUUAUGCAGACCCUGAGAGGACAGUCACUUCUACAGAGGUUCACCCAGUGGAAGCAGGAGAGUCCUGACGUGCCUGUCGGAGUUGCAAAGAAAGUUCCUCACUGCAAUUUAUGUCGACAUCCUGGCUCAGCUAAGGCACACGAGCGUGGCGGCUGCGUGCUCUGCGGCAGUCGGCGAUUCUGCCAACCUCAGGACUUCGAUUAUCGGUGUCCGUGUGACUGGCACUGCUACGAACAGAGCCGCCAGGCAUCGUCUCUGGAGGCAAACGUCAGGAAAAAAACUCUGGCAAGUCAGCAGUUCCCAUUUACAGAGAUCAUAAACGAGUUUCUGGUUUCCAAGGAUAAACCUGUGGCACAUUUUAAGAGGAGACAGCCAAAUAUUCUGCUGAUGCAGAAAUUCGCUUGCGAGAAGAUGGAGUGGCCAAAACACUACACGAGUGAAAAGGUCUUGGUCCUGAUGACCUACACUGAGCUGAUGAACAGAAAAUGCGGAAGAGACGUGCCCUCUCAAAUUAUGCCUAUCCGAAUACUGAAACCAAGGGUGAGGAACGCUGUUGCUUGCUUUGAAGUCAUCUGGAACACUCCAGAACAUUUUGUGUUUCCAGAGGAACGACCCGCAGAGGACCAACAUGAGGUGAGGACGGUGGAGGAAGAGUCGCUUUUCCGUGUGGCUUUCCCGGAGAUUGUUGAAAGCUACGUAAGAAGCAAAGCUCUGCUUGAAGAGAACAAAACUAAACAGAAGAAAGCGAGACGGAAAAAGGAGAAACCAUCUGAUGGUUCUGCUGGUGUCACAGAUCUCUUGGCUCGGGUGACGCUUCAGACGUCCUCAGAGAACAGGUCCACUCAGCCACAAACUCAUCUCCCUUCCGGCUCAAGCUCCGAAAAAACAGAACUGAUCAUUGUAGACACUCCGGUGAACCGUAAGCAACACGGGAAAGAAAAAGAAGACGGUCAAGUCCACGAAACUCUGCCUGACGUCGAACCAGAGAGCGCUUCACCUUCUGUCUCUGCCGUCAUUGACGCUCUGCAUCUCAGCGAUAUCGACUGGGGUGCGUUGUCUUUCACUUCCUCGCCUUCCUCACCGGCGGUCCAGGGUGCAGAGCCUGGGAAAACUGAUGAAACGCAAGGUGCAAAGCUCUGCUACACUGAGUGUCCUCUGAGAGACAGAGUCCUCAUGAGGAACGCAGACAAAUCUCUGAAAGCUGCAGCUGAGGUUUCAAAACAUCUGAACUGUGAGUUGGUCAUUUCUCACGGAAAGCAAACUGGGGAAAUGUCCAGUGGAAGUAGCAGUGAGGGCAUCGUGUUGACUGGCAAUGAAAAGGAGCCACUAACAAACAAAAUCCAAUGUAUGUUAAAAGAAAGACUUCAAAGAUCAAAAGAGCCAAAAAUUCUGCCAUGUGAUGCUCAAAGUAAGACAAAGGACCCAGGACAAAGAGACAAAAAGAGCAGUAGCAAGAAGACCGUCUGCAUGAGCGCGUGCUCAUCCAGCGAGGACAGCGACGUUGAAAACCGGCAAUCUGGACCUCGACGUCGAGCAAAACUAAAACCGGCAGACAAAAGUAUAAGAAGCUUAAUAUCCGACUUCCCUCUAAAACCAGCCUGCGAUCAGGUUAAAGCUGCUAAUCCAAAGACUUCUCAAACGCUUCAGUUAACUGGACCAAAGUCACAGAGCCAUGGGGAAAAUGUUGAAAAUGAAGCACCUGCAUCGACGAAAAACAGCCGUCAGGAUGUUCAAACAGCUAAAGUCAGUGAUGAUGAGAUUCUCCAGACUCCUGCUUCCCCCGUCAUCGUGGUAGACGGUGAGGAUUCAGUGAUUUGUAGUGACAGUCCCCUGCCACUGGCUGAGAGACUGAGACUAAAAUUUCUGAAGUGAGCAUCCGGUUUUGUCGUUUUGAAGGGUAUUUUUUUUUUUUACAUUUUAUUCACAUCCUAUUUUUUCGUAAGUAAAUAAUUUCUUUCAGUUUUUUUUUUUUUGCUUUUUGAAAAGCAAAAUGUCGGAGGGUAGGCUCAGAACACUGUGACCCAGUUUGAGUUUCAUUUGUGUGUUGUGUUUGAAAAUAAACUUAGAAGAUUUAUUUGUAUUUUUGAAAAAGUCUGGAAAUUGAUUUAUUCCAUAUUCAUUGUGUAAAGAACUCAUCCAUAAAGUCAACCUGCCCGAACUCAUGCAUGUUCAAAAAUGCUUCUCUUGGGAAAAAAAAAUUAAACAAAGUUACAAAUCUUGCUCUAA